AUGGCUCGUCUACCGUCGUCCAUUCUGGACUAUAUUGCGGCGCAGCAGAACCGACACAAACUGCGCAACAUGACACACAUUCUCACGUUACCGAUCCGAGACUCGUAUGUCACGGAAACAAGUGAGCUGCAAAACGCCACAGAAGAACAGAUUGUCGCCUGUCUGGAGAAAUCACGCGACCAGGUCAGAUCUCUGGAGACAGAGAAACACGUGAAUUUCCUCAACAUGUUUCUGAGCCCGGACGCUCCUCUUCCCGACAAGUUCACUGGACUGGAUGCGUCUCGAGCCUGGCUGCUGUACUGGUCAGCAAACGCCAUCAGAGUGCUGGGAGGCGAGCUGAGCGACGAACAGAAGAAGGGAAUACCCCUGACUCUGGAAUCGUUUAAGGAGGACGGUGUAUUUGGAGGUGGAUCAGGCCAAGACGCACACGCGGCUUCAACAUACGCCGCCUUCCUCGCUCUGGCUGAUUCGGACGAUGAGGAUGCCUGGGGUCGCCUAAUCAACCCCGAAGAGGUUCUCAAACACAACCUGAAGCUAAAGUCACCAGAUGGAGGGUUCGCUUCCAACGUGGGUGGCGAGACUGACGUGCGAGGCACCUACUGUCGAUUAGUGGUGGCCUCUCUGACUAACACACUGACAACGGAGCUUACCGACGGCGUCAUUAAGUACAUUGCUUCAUGUCAAUCGUACGAGGGAGGUUUCGGUGGUAGCCCUGGCAAUGAGGCCCACGCCGGCUAUACUUACUGCGCGCUUGCUGCCCUGGCCAUUCUGGUGCCUAUUAGGGAGAUGGAUCAGUAUGUCAACGUUGAGUCGUGCCUUGCAUGGUUGUCUGCUCGCCAGUACCAGCCCGAGGGCGGUUUCUCUGGCCGAACCAACAAACUGGUUGAUGCUUGUUACGCCUACUGGGUGGGAGCCUCUCUCGUGCUCAUCAAUGGAGCUGUGCAUGCUGGUCCUUCUCUUUGGGACCGAAAGCAGUUGGCUCAGUACGUUCUCAACUGUUGCCAGCAGUCUGGAGGAGGUCUUCGAGACAAGCCUGGCUGCAAGGCCGAUGCCUACCACACCAACUACGCUGCCUGUGGAAUCGCCAUGUCUCAGUACAUAUACUUCCCCGAGGGCGAGAAUGGUUUGUAUUGGCAGGCCACCAGUUGCGAUGGAGCCGAUACUAGCAUUUGUCCUGUCAACCCUGUUUAUGGUGUUCCUCUGGGUGUGGCUGAGCGGAUGAGACUGUACUUCACAUUGAAGGAGGAGAAUCUCAAGUGA